AAACCAUUUGACAUUUACUGCAAAUAUAAAAUUUCAUCUCAAGUCGCUGCCAAUAUAUUGCACUUGAUAUUUGAGUGGUUAUUAGGGCCUUGCAACCCUUUUCCCUUAGCUGAAGGGCAAGGAGUAGUGCAACGAUGCAACCAGAUGCAACUGUCACAAAGAACGGAUUUAUGACAACUCAGUGCCCACGUUCCGACGACUGGGCGACUGAUUGCGGACCACACACAUAUCCUGUAAAGUAAUAAAAGAUGAAAAAGGAAGAUUCUGACCUGCCAAACGGGGGGGAGGAAGAUGGUUCAACUGCAGGUCCAGCACCAUCACCGUCAACAGAUGUUGACGGAAUUUACACCAUUAUUUUCUGGCAAUUGUCGUUAGUCUGGAAUCACCUGGGGACCAGUUUCUGGAACUUCACUAUCAAAUAUGGACUGUACGACUUAUUCGAUAAAAUGGCUCGCAAAGCCAUGCAGCAUCCAUUCAUCACUUUAUUCCUGGCAAUUACAAUUUUGUCGGUUGGUCUGCCGCUACUAGUCGUCACGGUUUUGGCGUUCUCAACGGUUGUGUUGACAUUCACUGGAUUCAUCCUACUGGAGGUUCUCCUGUUUGGUUGCUUGGGAGCGAUAUUAAUAGUGUUCCUUUUCUUCGCCGGGGUCACAAUCGCCGGUUACUUCGGAUUCAUGCAUAUCUACGAUCUCUAUCAGGGAGUCCACGAUAAAAGCGCAAUUACGGACUAUUUGCAACAAGAGCGAAAAAGCAGGCGACGUGAGUUGUCUUCGAAUUAGAUUGUGUAUAUCGUGCUUGUGAUUAUUUCGAAUUUUUGAAUGUAUUUUGUCGAUACUGGUGAAGAUGAGCUUCUUCCCUGCCUUAUGAAUAUCAAUUAAGUUUUCUAAAUAAUUUAUUGAAUUAAAGACUCUCUUUAAAUAUAUGGGUCAUAUCUCUUGUGAAAGUUUAAAA